UCGUUAGUUGAGCAGCAGGCUACUCACAUCGAAUCUCAUACAACGCUGAAGGUCGCCAAAAUGCAUGGUCAUUUGAAUUCGGAUAUUUGGUCCGAUAAAGGAAAAUUCGAUAAAUUCAUCGCUGAAAAUCAUGUUCGUUUUCUCAUCCUAUGGGUUGGAGUUGUCGAUUUUACGCAUUUCUGUGAGAGGUGA